UGCAGUGCCGGCAGUUGUCCCGGGGUCGCGGCGGGGCCCUUUCCCCGGCUCCCGCGGCGGAGCGGGGUCUGCCGAGGCACCCAGCACCUCCGCCUGGGAAGAGCCGCCUGAGCUCGGGAGCAAAGAGGCUGCGGGCGUGUUCGGGGACUUGUCCUGUAAUCGAUUGCCGAGUCAGCUGAGCAGCGCUGCCAAGCCAGACAACGCGCUUCCCAGAUCGCUCUCUCCAGCUCUGAGUGUCUGGGUGAGACGUCUGUGAUGCCUCUGUGUGUGUGUGAGUGCGCGAGCGAGCGAGCGUGUGAGUUGCCGGAUCGGUUUCUCGGGGUUUGACCAGUUGUCCCAGGCUAACCCUGCUCUCUGAAGAUGGAGGAAGUAAAAAACAGGAUUACCCUUAGCUACAGAUCCACUGCCUUAGUUUCCAUAACCAACUGCGGGGCGCAAACACACGAUCGCUAAGCCUAGGAAAGAAACCGAGAAAGGAAAAGACUCAUUAACAAAACAAACAAACCGGGAGGAUGGUGGAAUUGUUUCCCUACACGCACUGCUGAGCACUGCACUUUGAUUAUGGAAGUGGAGGCGACUGAUGGAUACCUGCCCUGUGACCAUGACCUUUCACCUGAAAGGGAACACUCCAAUGUGGCGAUUGACCUUACUUCAAGCACACCCAAUGGGCAACAUACCUCACCAAGUCACCUGACAAGCACAAAUUCCAUAAAGCGGGAAAUGCAAAGUGAUGAUGAGGAUUCUAACAGAAAGCGUCUAAAGCGGGAAGAUGGGAUCAUUGGGCAGGAUGAAGGGAGCAGUUUGGAAGAGCCCCUGAUUGAAAACCAGGAGAUUGGGGAGAACAGAAAAAUGCAGGAGCUGUCAGGCGAGGGAGGAAUCCGGCUUCCGAAUGGUAAACUGAAAUGUGACGUCUGUGGCAUGGUUUGCAUUGGGCCCAAUGUGCUUAUGGUACAUAAAAGGAGUCACACUGGUGAGCGUCCCUUUCACUGUAAUCAGUGUGGAGCUUCCUUCACCCAAAAAGGGAACCUACUGAGGCACAUCAAAUUACACUCUGGAGAAAAACCAUUCAAAUGUCCCUUUUGUAGCUAUGCCUGCCGAAGAAGGGAUGCUCUCACAGGACACCUCAGGACACACUCUGUAGGUAAACCUCAUAAAUGUAACUACUGUGGACGAAGCUACAAACAGCGCAGUUCUUUGGAGGAACACAAGGAACGCUGUCACAACUACCUUCAAAAUGUCACCAUAGAGGCCACGGGGCAAGUGAUAAGUCAUCAUGUCUCUACUAUGGAAGAUUGUAAGGAACAAGAAGCUGGGAUGGACAACAAUGUUACUCUGGUGCCUUUUGAAAGACCUGCUGUUAUAGAGAAGCUGACAAGCAACAUGGGAAAGCGUAAAAGCUCCACCCCACAGAAGUUUGUGGGUGAAAAGCUCAUGAGAUAUGGUUAUCCAGAUAUUCAUUUUGAUCCAAGCUUACCAUAUGAGAGAGAUGCUGAGCUGAUGCAAACUCACAUGAUGGACCAAGCAAUCAACAAUGCAAUCUCUUACCUUGGGGCAGAGGGACUUCACCCAUUGAUGCAGCACACUCCAAGCACAAUUGCUGAUGUGGCACCUGUCAUAAGUUCACCUUAUGCUCAGGUCUAUAAUCCUAGCAGGAUAGAAAGACCAGUAAGCAGAGGAACCACUGACAGCAAUGAAAAUAACAUGGAUGGCCCUCUCUCCCUCAUCAGACCAAAGAGUCAUCCCCAAGAAAGAGAGGCUUCGCCUAGCAAUAGCUGCCUCGAUUCCUCUGACUCAGAGAGCAGCCACGAAGACCAACAGUCCUUUCAAGGAAACCUUGCCUUAAAUCCCAAACGAAAGCAAAGCCCAGCUUACAUGAAGGAUGACUCCAAGGCUUUGGAGGUCAGUAAAGCAUCAAAGGGCUCUUUAAAGGAUAUCUAUAAGGUCUUCAAUGGAGAAGGAGAGCAGAUAAGGGCAUUUAAGUGUGAACACUGUCGGAUUCUUUUCCUAGACCAUGUCAUGUACACCAUUCAUAUGGGGUGUCAUGGCUACCGGGACCCCCUAGAAUGCAACAUUUGUGGAUACCGGAGUCAGGACCGAUAUGAGUUCUCUUCCCACAUUGUCCGAGGAGAACAUACAUUCCACUAAGCCUUCUUUUCCAAAGGAGACACUGAAGUAGAAAAACAAACACUGCACAUGAAGAAAUACUGCACUUGCAAGCCCACUUUUCCUCAGAUGUUGACACAGCUCUUCUCAUUGGUUCUCUUCCUUGCAGCUAUUUUUAAUUAUUGUUAUUUUUGUUGUUGCUGUUUUGGGGAUCCAGUCUCACCUUACCACCAAUGGUGAGGUGAGAAGGAAGAAAAGGAGGGACCAGAGAGUAGUUUGGCUUAUUGUUUUUGCUAUGAAAAUGGAUGUUGCCCUUUCAUAGUGGAAAGUGAAAGGGAGUUCAUUUCUGUCACAUUUUUCAUAUAGUUUUUCACAUGCUGAAUUCAGCAAGGUGCUCUGACAUCUUAGCAAAUUGCCAUUUGGGGAGAGAACGAUAAUUUCAAAAGAAUAAAGCCCCUUUAAAUCUAUAGCUAAAGUUUUGUUCAAGAUGAGAAAUGAAAUUCUUAUUUUACAAAACAUUCUAGCAAAAGGGGUGUGCUUAGGGGCAGGGAGAGGUUUAACUUAAGACUAAAUAUAUUCUAUAGAUUUAGGAGCACCAAUAAAUAUCAAGGUUUUCUUGGAAGUUAUUUCCUGAGGUGAGGUUCUUUCUUAUAAGGUAUUGGUUGUCUGGAAUGUAAAUGAAUUGUUUAUAUCUAAAUACUAAAUCACAUAACUGAGAUUUGAUUUUUCAUGGGAUGUGACAUCCUCCAGGAAAUCUGAAAACAUAAAAUGUUAUUUUACUUAUCCCGAUAUGCACUUUUAAAAAGAAAGAAAAUUGCUAGGAUGCUUUUAUGUCAUUCAUUUCCCAGCUUCCUAUAGGUCUGUGUAUUUUUUUAAAGUUGUUUGGGUGAUUAACAAUUGGAGUCUGGGUAUGUUUACUCAAAAGUAAGCUUCACUUAGUUCAGGAGAAGUUUAUUUCCUAGUAAAUAUUCUUAGUUUAGAAAUACAGAUAUGAGUAUUUAUCUAGCAGGUUUUGCUGCUUUAGAAUCUCAAAUAUGCUCAUUACAAAUGCAUUUGAACUAUGAUAUACUUAUAUUUUUCAUUUUUUGGGGGUAGUAUGAAGCAUUAAGAAACUGAAUAAACGAAGGUCUUCAGUCAGGAGAUCUGUAUUCUGAAAUAGCUGGCUAGAGCUGCCCUAAACACUGAGGCAGCCUACAAAUUGAUAACUAAUUUAACUAUAUAAGGAUAUACAGACACUGUUAGAGAUACAUUACCAUUGCCACCUUUUCUACACACACAUAGGGAAAGAAAUAUAUAUUUUGUGCAAAAAUAUCUCUCUCCCCAGCAUAUAUUUAAAACUACAGCAUGCAGAACCAUACACACACACACACACACACACACACGUCAUAGUCAUAAAUAAUGAUUUCUUAUUAAAUAGAAGAAUUUUUUUUUCAAAUUAAGCUGAAUCAAACCAGGAGCCUUAGAUUAUGCACAGGCUGAUUACUUGCCUAAAAAAUAAUUUCAGGUUUUAGUUACUCCCUUGAUCAUAUUAGCAAAUGAAGACUACAGUGAAUUACUAGGUUAGAAAUAUUAAGGCUGUUUAAACAUCUCUUGAUUAUAUAGCUCUGAAUAUAUGAUCUGGGUUUAUAAUAUUUUAUUUUAUCAAUCUUUUCCCCCUCAACUAUAUUGGUUAGUUGGGUUAGUUGAUUUUUUUAAAAUAAAAUCAGUGACUACCUCACAUUUUUCUACAUAUUUAGAUAUUUGCACAUCUGGCUGUAAAAUUACAAAUAGGAUAGAUUAAAAACCAUACCUUUUCUGACUGGAAGAUUAUGGGGAAAGGAUUCUGCGAUCCUGCAGAUGUUGCUGAACUACAGUACAGCAAAGGGAAGGGGUUGCUAGGAGUUGCAGUUAAAAAUAUCUUCAGCACCAUAGGUUACUGCCUCAGGUUGCCUCUCGAAACAAACCAUUUGCUGUCUUUAGUUUUACAUAUUUCAUUCAACACAUUCAAGAAUAAAGAAAGUUAGCGAAUUGAUUUCUAAAAUGGAGUUGAAAAACUAAAUGGUAUGCUUUUCUUUUUUGGUACAAAAUGGGAAUGGCAGGCAACCAUCCUAUGCAGUCCAGUACAUGAUAGAAAUUAAAGUAAUUUUGCUUUAACAUUUCCUUCAGAAAGCAUGUUUAGCUUGUACAUUCUGUGUCCAAAACAUGGUUCCUGAAGCCAGACUGUUGCUUCUCGCAACAGCAAUAAAGAUUUAAAUAACAAAUUUGUCUAAAAUAAAUACAAGCCAAAAAUUAUAAACUACACAGCUAGUAUUAAUAUCAGAGAAGAAUUUCAUGGCAGCAAGUGCCAGAGCAAACAGUUCUGUUCACAGUUGCUUGCCAGAAAUUAUGGGUUAUGUUUUGUCCUCCAACAGAAGUGUUUCCCCUUCCCUCUGCCAUUCCCCAUGAAUCCCAAAAACUUUAUCUGGAGGUUUGGGGACCUUCUGGAUGUUGGAUGGUGCCCAUUGACAUUUUAUGAUGUUCAUGGUCACUUGUACAAUGUGAAACAAAGCUAAAUCAGGAAACCUGUGUUAUCCAGAGGGUCAGAUGAUCAAUCUGAUUAAUGAUCUGAACUUAUUUUUGGUGGAGAUUAAAGUGGUUACCAUUUGAAGAUUAUGAAUGAAUACAUUUCAAAUGAAUAUUCUCUUGUUUUUCUGAGCACUUGAACUAGUCCAGAUUGAACUUGAGCAUCUUGAAUUAGAAGCAGAUUGUAGGUGUCCCUUUGCUUCUGUUAUCUCAUUUCUGAACAUCUCUUGCACACAAUUGCUGACCUAAUUUUCUAUUUUAAGGCUGUUUAGAACGGUCACUUGUCUUUAAAAUAAUUUAAAAAGAAAUUUUAGGAACAAAAAAGUUCAUGAACCCACACAUAAGUAUAUUUCACUCUGAUUCUGUACAAUAUUUUUCAAGAUUAUUUUCAUUGUGCCUCUAUGUUCCUGCAACAAUCAUAAUGGAAGAGGAAUUUUAAGAAAAAGCUAAAAUGGUAAAACCUGAAAUAUUUUAUGCCUGGCAGGAGUCAACAAAAAACCAUUCAAAAGUUAUUACCAUGACAAGUAAAUUCACAAACAGGUUAAACAAGCCACAUGUUAAAAUUAUAUAUACCUAGACAGUUAGUAAAAGAAUGUGGUCUCUUGCAGCCUCAUCACAUUUGAGAGACCCAUCUUCAGUAAAAUAAUAAUCCUUUCCUUUAUUAUUUCCUAUGGAAAUAUAUAAAAUUUAGCCUGUGUACAGAAAGUUAAUGGAGUUAUAUACGUUACCUUUUCUGUUUCAGGUUCAGAAAUUUCUUAUUCAUUUCACAUUCAUCACAAAAAAGAUAAGACAUAAUCUCUCCCCAAAAGUAUUUUAUGCUAUACUGUCUACAGCAAGGGCUGUAAUGAUAUUUAAUAUUUCUUAUAAAACAGUUUAGUAUGUUUAUUAGAAGAGUGUUAAGUAUUACUAUAAGAACUGUGAUCAAAAUAAACAGGGUGAGAUAUAUUUGAAUUAAUCAGUCUUAUAAAAAGUUUGAAAUAUAUUUUGGCAUGAUUAACAUUUAAAAUUUUGCUGCAUAUGAAAUCUAAUAUUGGAUUUUAAAAGGAGGACAUGAAUUUGCUGAAAAAAUUAAUUGGAAUUCACAAAUGAAAGAUAAUCAAUGUUGAGGUACCAGGAAAGGAACUGUUAAUUUGAUUUAUCAUGAACAAUUGUUAUGGAGUUUCUUUUCAGUUUAAAAACCUCUGAUGGUUUUUAGAAAUUGGAAUUUCCUAACUUACAAUGAUUAAUUGUGCAAAGGAAAGUAUUUCAAAGUAGUUUGUCAAGAUUGUCAUUAUAAAAUAAUCCUGUUAGGUUUUUUUUAUCGGACACACUUUUGUUCCAACAGUAAAAACAAAAAGAACAAUUUAAAAUAAUGAAAGUAAGUUUGGUUUGGUUUGAUUAAAAUUUAAUGUGGCUGUUUUCAAUUAAAGAAGAGCCAGGGUUCCACUUGCAAAUCUUACCAGGCCUCAUCCUGACUUUCACAGGAGAACAUUUGGGAAUUAAAAGAAUCUGAAAACAGCCUAGAAGAAGGGAACAGGAAGCUGCUCCCAGAUUCUGCCUCAGAAUACUGCAAACUAUGCCUAGGAAAUUGCCAAAGGUUGACUUUGCCUUGUCCUUUCCUCAUGAACAAGGAAGUCAAAUGCCACAUGAAUGAAAGCUUCUAAUUAGCGCGAAUCUGAGUGUGGAUUUCUUAAAGGAUUUACACAGAUGCCAGGAGAGUCAACUAUGUUUUGCUAUAAUAACUUUAGGUUAGUUAUGUUAUCCUGAGGCUUAGGAGUAAGAAUUAAUAGUAGUUCCCAAAGUAGGGACUUCUGUGCUUCAGAUAAUCCUUUCUGUGUGGAUGCUCUGCAAAGAGAAAUCUGCAUGGAGCACAGUCUGGGCUCACACAGUUUAUGGUGUGCCCAGACCAAGCCUAAGGAUCCUCCAGGAGCUCUUUUGGAAUUGAGAUCCAUACAAUAUACCAUAGCUCAGAGUAGGAGCCAUCGUAUUUUUUGAGGGGGUUUGUCUGUGAUUACUGAUCUUUAAUUGAUUAAAGAUGGCUUUUACCAAAUUCUGCAGUUUCUUCUGUGGAACGAUUUCAAAGCCAGUUCAAAGUUGGUGUUUGACCCAAAAUAAUCUGAGAAGAGAUUGUUGCUUAGAUUGAGAUACAACCCUUGAGGACUAUUACAAAAAAUAUACAGACAUGAAUCCAUAUGAAUAGUCUGCAAGGGUGCUGAUUGUUUGCUUCAUGUGGUGUUUUAUUUAUUUAUUUUUAUAUAGCCACCAAUUCAUAAUUGAUAGUAUCAAACAAAAAAGUGAAAUUUUGGUGCCAAAAGCUUUACUGUAUUUUUCAAGAGAAAUCAAUAUGUGCACCCUUAACUUCUCAAGACAUUCUGGAAGGAUUUGGACCUGAAGCCCCUGCAGAGGGCUUUGGAGGGUUUCCUUUCCUAUCCAUCCCCCAGGCUUCCAGAAAAGGUUCCAGUUCCACAUCAAGAGCUGGAAGUCCAGAAGGGAAUUGGUUUAGGCUGCAAGACAUUAAUUUGUGUAGGCUUCUGUGGGAAAUGCUUGGCUGCAGAGCCCUAAAAACUUUUCUUUCAAACUGAAGUUUUUAGUCUGGAUUCUUGUCCACCAAAUUCAGAUAUUUAAAGUUAAAAAAAAAUAGAGACAUGUCCCACUCAAAUUUACAGUUGUUAAAAUUCCUGUUAAAUUUCACUGGAAGAUACUAAAAUACAUCUUUUAAUUCUUCCAUGAAAUGCAAACACUGGAUCCUGUUUCUUGAUUUUCAGAUUUGUUUCAACUUUAUACUGUAUCAGUAGAUAUGCAUGUUUAACAGAGAAUGGGUUUUAUUAUUUUGUAGUAAUUAAAAUUUUGAAACUGUGAUCAGAGAUUUGUCCUGUUAUCAAGCACUCUCAAAUCUUGAUCAUAUUUACUUUUUGUUUUACUUGUAGGAAUUUUAUUCUGCUUUGUUUUGGUCUUUUCUGCCCAAUUUUCUUAUUCUCAGUUUUAUUCUAUCAUAGCUCUUGUUGCCUGCAACUUGAUCUUGUUUUUAAAUUUAAUUUGUUAUCUGUUCAUUGGUUGUACAGUGUGUUUACAUAUUUUUGUACUUGAGUGUAGUUUUAUAUUAAAAAAAGAAUGAUCUGGUAAAUAUAGCUAAAUAAUCUUUUUAACACUUUUAAAUUUAGGAUCAUUAGAGAUGACAGAGCUGUGGAGCUGUGAUACUAAGUUGCCUUUCUUUAUGUUGAUGUUAUUUUCUGGUUGUACUUUCUUUUUCUUAAGAUGUAUGACUUUUUGACAGAUUGAAAACUUUUAAUGCAUAAUUGUUUAGAAAAAUUUAAACUUUAAAAAUGUUUUCAUUUUUUUCCAAUGGAAGACUUUGCUUUAAAAGUUUGGGAUUAUUCUAUUCCUAGGCAAAAAUUUCUGUACCCGAAAUGUUGUAUUUUUGCAUCUUAAUAUUAGAACAUGCUUUUAACAAGUUUGGAGCCACUAUCCAAAUUGUUUAGUUUAAGAGAGAAAAGAUUGAUUGUUCCAUUUAUGUGCAAUAAUCUCUCUGAAAGUUUUAUAGUGCAUUGAACAUUGUUUGAAUAAUGACAUUACAUUUUGAAGCAAACUGCUGCCCAGACAAAGGUCAGUGUUUUAUUACAUUGUUUUUUAACAGUUGACUCUUCAGGGAACCCCAUCCACUUUGUUACUUCUAUUGGUGGCCCAUUGCAGAGAAUCCUGGGCAUGCCUAGAUGGUACGCAUGUAAAUUCUUGUGGGGUACAGCUCUGUUCAUCAAUACUCACUGGAGCUAGGAGCAUGACCAAGAACACCCCCAAAGGAAACAGCCCAAUGCAUGGGAAGGAAACUGCCUUUCAGAAACACUGGGGUUCCAUUCUCUCAAAUACCUUGUUUUAACUGUUGCUUUUGCUCUGUCUGGAAUAACAGUUCAGAGAGAUGGAACAAAUGGUUCGAAGUUGCCCUUGCCCUGGAUUACCUGUUUGUUUGUGCUGAUAGACAAGUAGCAAAGGCUGCCCCAAAACUUAAAUGUAGCAGUUUAGUAGUGGGAAUGUAACUGAUAGGUAUAGAUGACCCCUUUCUUCUUAAUGCUAUUAUCCAUAACGUGCCUUUGAUCGGUGCGGUCUUAGUGGGUUGCUUGCUAAAGCUAAGCAUUUUUGUUUCCUCUUUUGUUUCGGUUUCAUUCUUUUUUUUCCCCAUUGGGUAAAGCACUUAACACAAAUGGGCUGAUCCUCACUGGAAAUAUCCUUUGCAUUGAAAAAUCUUGGGUUAGACUCCCAAAUUCUCAGUCUAGGCAUUUAUGUCUGGGGGAUUUUUGUCUGCAGGGAAGUAUACAAGGAGGCAAUUCUUUCACCAGGAAAGCUUAUUUUUAAUUCUUCUUGCCUUAUCUAUUAUGGUAGGGCUUAUUUUAUAUGUCAUGCUUUAUUUAUAUAUCUAGAAUAUUUUAAUACCUAUUACUCAAAUAGGUGAAGACUGCUAUGCUGUAAAUAUGUAUUUAGAUACAGAAUAAAAAUCCUUGUGAAUAUUUGGUGGGGAAAGCUGUUACUGAACACAGAGGCCACUUUUGGGUGGUUGCUGAUUGGGGGUUGGGAAAUGUGUAGAGGAAAAUAAUGUUAGAUUUUAAGCACUUGCCAAAAGAAAACAAGAGUUUAAUAAAUGUUUUUAUUUAAAGAAGUUAAGCACUUCAUCAAGAUUUGCAUUGAGUUACACGGUUUCUGGAAAAAGGUCCACAAGUAUUGCCUAGCUCAUCAGCUAAGCUAACAUUUGUGGUAUCAGCAGUUCUUCCAGUUCAUUCCCUUCAGUUUUCUGGCACACCAGUGGGAUUUAAGACAGAAUCAUAAACAAUUUACCAAGUAAAUAGGGAACAAACCCCAUGAAAUACUUUCUUAGGACUAGGCAUGCUUGGUGUUUUUUUCUCUGUAAAGAGAGACCAAGAAACAGAAUCCUUGGAAUCAGUUGGAAGAGACCCCUGCAAAAGCUUCCUUCUCCAGAAUCUAGUGCAAAUGAAACAUCUGGGAAAGGAAUCCAUCGACCCAUGGUGUUUUGCUUCCCAGAAGCACUUGUUUUUGGUAAAGUGGGGAAAGGAUUUGUGGGUACCUUGUUAGGGGAUGGGUGCUGCUGUGCUGUAUGAGAACAAUCUCUCUGAUAUUUAGGUCAUGGUGUAGAGUUGGAUUCCUUAGAAUUUUAAGGGAUACAUGUCAGUUUCCGAUCAGUUCUUAUGCUUUUCAAAUUUCUGUCUUGUGUAGAGCAGAAAGCAUGAUUAAGUGACAUAAUGUGUCCGUUAUACUCCUUCUAGGAUGACAGUUUUUUUAUGUCCCAGUAUCUUCCUCACUUUUGCCACUUGCUGUUCAGUUUCAAACUCUGUAAUUGCUUGUUUCCUCCAACUUAAAUUUUGAGAUUGGGUAUAAAUCACGCUUUACAAAAUAGUCAUAUUAUUUCUAUUUAUUUUCAUCCCAAAUAUUCUUUGCUUUAUUUAAAGGUGUUUGAAGUGACUCGGCAGGCAGGGUGGGGAAAAUAUGAACAAGCCAAUUUAGGAUGUUUACAAAUAAUAAAAAAUGGUACUCCAUAGAUUUCCAGUCUGGCUGUAUUAUGAUUGCAUUUUAUGUAAUGGAAAGAAUUUAGUAAUGACAUAAUAAAGUACACCCCUUCCUAUCUAUAGUCACUCAUUCUAACUUUCAGUUAAUGAGAAUAUGAUUUAGAACCCAAAUGUUAGAGACCAGGUCAAAAAUAUAUUAGAGUGACUCCCACCACAUUUGAAAGAGCUUUGGAUCAGAUCUAUAUCAGAAUCCCUUGGAUUCUGUGAUAAACUCUGGAACAUUCAAUGCUGUCUGCCUUAUUGGAUGGGGCAAGUAUUCCCCUGUUGUCACAUUGUUGGGAUAAAUCUUUUCUGUUCACUCUUGUUGGGAAAGGAGUGUCCGUUAUUGAUUUAGCCAAAAGGAUUCUUAUUCAAAGUAGAAAAUGGGCAGACUAGAUGAUCUUACUCUCAAGAAAGGAAAUGAUGUGUUUAUAGAUCUGGCUUAUGCUCUUAUACACAACUGCAGAAGUUUAUAAUAUGAAACUAAUUCUAGGGGCAUUUGAAAUGAUGUGUUAUACUUAAAGCUGAAUAGGAAAAUUCAAAAGCAAAGAAUUCCUGGUUUGCUAUCAAAGUCUUCAAUCGCUGGACUUUCCCCCCUUUCUUACAUACAUACAAACGAGUAUCAUAUGUAUGUGUGCAAGAUAUAUGGAUAUGAGUGAUGAAAAUGCAUGAGAGAGUGUUUGAGUGUGUGUGUAUAUGUUUACACACACACACACACACACAAAUAUAUCUUAUAUAUGACAGAGAUACAGAAACUUUGUAAUACUUUGUGAAAAUAAUUAUAUUAUGGAUGUUUGUACUGUGCACAGCUACUGGAAUUAAAUGUAGGGAAUCUCAGGAACAAGCAUAAAAUUUGUCCAAGACCUAUUUCUCAAAUAUGUAUGUGCAGUUUUUAAUUCUGUAUACUAUUUAAUAUUUUA